AUGGCGGUGGAACGCAACCGGAGCAGGCAGAUGAACGAGCAUCUCCGCGUGCUCACGUCUCUCAUUGCCGGAGGAGCCAUUCGGUCCGUGAGGGAGUUGCAGCAACUCCUGCAAUGCUUGGAGUCCCAAAAGAGACGAAGGCUCUUCGGCGGUGGUGAAGCUCCAAGAUCGGCGAUGGACGCCCCUCCGCUGCCCAACCAGCAGCCAUUCUAUCCACCCCUCCCCUUCCCCGACGCCGACCAAGUCAAGCUCCUCGACAUCGACCCAGGCGGCGGCCUCCGCGAGGAGACGGCGGAGAACAAGUCCUGCCUCGCCGACAUCGAGGUCAGGCUUCUGGGCUGCGACGCCAUAAUCAAGAUCCUCUCUCGUCGCCGGCCAGGGCAGCUCAUCACGACCAUCGCCGCUCUCGAGGACCUACAGUUCGCCAUUCUCCACACCAACAUCAGCACCACCGAGCCAACCGUCUUCUACUCCUUCAACGCCAAGACUGCAAGCGAGACCAGAUGCAUUGCGGAGGACAUCGCAAACUCGGUCCAACAGAUCCUAAGCUUCAUCGACGCCAACACAGUAUGA